AUGACUGAGCAACAUCUUACCGACAACGGACACUUGGAUAGGCAAGCCACGGUCCCCGAGAUCGCAUUGAAGCCCUGUGACUUAGCUAGCCUUGAUACGCACGUUAGGAGGAUCAAUGAGCUAUCAUCCUCAGUUUCUGCAGUCGACAAUGGUGCAAGACUUGAGCUUGUGGCGGCCGCUCGGCGUUUAGUACGAGCGUUGGAAACGCCUCGUGAGACUAUGAUAAAGCAUUGCUGGGCACAGCCCUCGGCGAUGACUGCUCUCACCACCUGCGUUGAGUUGGGACUAUUCAAGGUUAUGGCAGAAAACGACGGCAAAGGCAAAACAUCGACCGACCUUACUGGGGCUGUAGGUGCCGAUUCUGCUCUUGUCGGGCGAUUCCUCCGCCAUUUGAGUGCCAUGGGUUAUGUGAAAGAGACUGGCGCCGACGAGUAUGCGCCAACGAACUUUACUAGAUCAUUAUGCCUACCUAUAAUCAGUGCUGGCUACCCAUUCAUGUCGGGCGGCCUCCUAGCUUCGAAUAUCAACUUGCACGAAUACAUGAGAAAGACGGGAUAUAGGGUUCCCAGCAAUGCCUUAGACGGUCCUUACCAAUAUGCCUACGGAACAAGCAAGGACUUUUUCGAGCAUCUCCAAGGACGGCCUCCUUUUGGCGAUCUUUUCAACCUUCACAUGUACCUGGGCGCCUCAUAUUGCAAGACUUACCAGCGGUGAUUGAUCAGAUUAGCAGCCUAGAUAAGCGGAUAGAGAGGAUGCCGCACGAUUUCUUUGAAGAGUAACCGAUCCGAGGUAACCAACCCGAUACCGAUAUAUCCUAUAAGGCUGUCGCUAACUUGGUGGUGUUUGUGGUUUAGGUAGUAGGGCUUACUACAUGCAUUCCAUCCUUCACGACUGGCCUGAUGAGCAAUGCGUCAAAAUUCUAACGCGGCUCUCCAAGGUUAUGAAACCCAGAUAUAGUAAAUUGCUAAUAAAUGAAUACGCAAUCCCCACGGUGGGUGCGUAUUGGGAAGCGACAGCGCUGGACAUGGUUAUGAUGACUGGCUUCUCGUCUCGAGAGCGGACGAGGCACGAGUGAGAGAAUCUACUGCGAUCAUCUGGACUGCGUGCCUGCAAUAUUGUAAGAGAUUACAUACCUAACGGAUCUGCU